CGCGCCGCGAACGUUUCUUCCUUCCCUCCAGCUCUGCCACACAGUCCCACGAUGACUACCGUGCCCUUCCCCGCCUCUUCUCAUGUAUCUGUCAAAGAAAACGCGUAUCCUAUCUCCCCCGUCGCGACACCCUCCAUUGGCGCGUUGAGCAAAGCUACCACCAAGGGCCGGAAGAGGUCCAUCACGCUCGUGGAUGGCGCAGAGCUCGACUUGAGUGCAGCGCUACCGGUCACCCCCGAGUUGCUUCAAGCUAUGAGGCUGCGCAUCAUUCAGCUCGAAGACGAGCUCGCAAGGCCACCGGCCGCUAAGCGCGUCAAGAUUGCCUCUUCCGCUGUUGCCGCUGCUGCAGACGAUCAACCUGCUAAAUCAUCGAGCAAGGCAGACGACAAGAAACGAAAGAUGCAGGUGAAAAAGAUCUUUGAUCGUGUUAAAAAGGAGUGCAAGUCCGACAGCUUCAAGUUCCAAGGCUCGCCGAAGACACUCAAGAUCGACGAGGUGCUCGAGGUCACCGAGUUUGAAGCGUUGUUUGGCGGCAAGGGCGUGCUGAUCCAGCCGAGGAAGGACAACAAGCCGAAGAGCACGGUGACGAUCAUCCACCUAACAAACGCAGCGCACGUCCGCGACUUCUUCGGAGACGAGCUGAAGCCCCUCAAAGGCAACACCUGGAGCCGCGGCGGCAUCCCACAGCGCGGCUUCGGGUUCUUUGGCGGCGGAGGCGGCCUCAGCAAAUCCGUUAAGCAGGGAAGCUGCGACGUCGAGAUCGCCUCCGCCGAGAUCAACUACUCGAAGAACGGUAUGAAGUGCUCUAUCAAGUUCGAGGUGCAGCAGGUCGGAGGGUACGGCUACUUUGAUGACGAUUGGUAGAUUCAGUUCGUUGACGACCUGAGAGCGAGCAGUGCGUCCUCCCGAGAGGAUUCACACGUCUCUUCUUUGCAAUCCCGGGAUACCUGCUCUACAAGUCCCCCUGACCCUAUUACUCUGAUCGGAUAUUUCCACUAUCCUAUGUUCCAUAUCUCAUGCGAGGAUAUACUCAUGCACUAUUUUGACUCUUCACUGAUGCCUUACUAGUACUAAUCUUGUGUAAUACCUAUACCUGCCUUAUAUGACUACGAUGCACUGAAUCUUGCCUCCGAUUCUACUUACUUUCUUCUCGACACCGAAACCGUCCUGACGAUCAUGCUUUGCAAUGAACCUACUGGCCGGAAACGCCCUAUUGCGCUGUGCUGGCACCAAUGAUCCCUCCUCCCCUACCGUCUCUUGCUCUGACAUACGCGAUCAGCCUGUUCCAGACCAACGAUUGCGGAAUCUUGGUUCCUGCUGCUAUCGCUGGCCACGGGAAGCACUGGCAUCGGAUCACUUCCGUGGGCGCUCCCGACCGGCACAUCGUGCUCUCCAUCUACUAUAUGGGGGAACAGUUUCUGCUUAAUCAGCGGCUAGUGGAUCGCGCACGGGCUGCUCGUGUCAACAAGGCACCUUCCUAUGCAAGUUGUGAAUCGUACAAGAU